AUGGGUUGUGAAUUUAGUGGUCACCACUUGAACAAUCAGCAUAAUAGCAAAGGUAAUCUUGGCUCAACUCGACCCAAAUCACCACGGGGCAAUUCCACUUCAUCCUACUGUAAUUCCUCAUCGUCAGUGUCAAAAAUUGUCGGCGGAAGUAUUUCCUCUGUGGCUUCGCAUUCUUCCACAGAGCGCCGAGGGAGUCUCCUCCUCUCAUCCAGACGGUCCCUCACACGACAGAGAACAACAGAACAAGUGGAACACGCAGCGGUUGUCAAGCGUCAGCCACUAAAUGAAUACUUCUCCGAGUUUGAGAAAGACGUUCUCAUUUCAACUUGGGAGGCUCUUCUACUCUAUACCCAUGAACACGGAGCAUUCAUUUUUCGAUUAGCUGCCGAGAUGUGCCCUGAAUUGAAAGCAGCCUACAACGUUGAAUUCAACGAUGAUGAUGAAUUGGUGGUUAGUUCCUGCGCAUUGCAAUACAGUCAAACCUACAUAACCUUGAUUGACGAAGCAAUUAGAUCACUUGAAGAUCCCCAAGAAGGCUUCUACGACUCCGUUCUCAUUGCUGGAGCUAGUCAUGCCACUAUUCCACAAAUGAAACCCGAAUUUUUUAAGGUCCUCAAACGAGCAACUCUAACAACGUGGGAGGGUCUGUUGGGAGAGGAAUUUACAGAAGAUGUUGCAAAUUCUUGGCAAACUCUACUUGACUAUGUUGUGGCCGUGAUGGUUGAAGGCAAUCGUGUUUACCUGGAAGAAGAACGACGGUGUAAUCUCGUAGCAACUCCCGAAGUUGAUGAAGUGGAGGAUCGCUUGAGUCUACGGGCAGAUGUUCAACUUGGUGAUUAG